AUGAAGAAGAUUUUGUGGAGAGUGUUUCAUAAGAAACAUGACCACCGAGUUGUAAAGCAAAUUGUGGAAACAGAGAGGGAUGUGAAGGGUAUUUAUGUGCGGCAAGCACCAGUCUUUGCAGUACCUUCUAAUGGAAACAAAGUGACCGCACUCGUCGAUGGCGAAGAGGCGAUGUGUGCGAUCGCAGAGAAGAUUGUGCAGGCUAAGGAGAUAAUAUACAUUACCGACUGGCAAAUCGACCCGGAUGUUGUGCUUGUGAGAAACAAAAAUCACCCACUUAACGGGAGAACACUUGUCGACUUGUUGAAAUACGCAGCUUCCAAUGGUGUAACAAUUAAAGUGCUCCUUUACAAUUCACCAUUUUUCCACGACGUUGCAGAAAGUGGAAAAAAACAUUACCUUUUGGAACAAGCGCACCCCAACAUUGAGUGCAAAGAGCACAGGUGGAUGGUGGCAUACACUCACCACCAAAAGACUGUUGUUGUUGAUCAUCAAAUAGCGUUUUUGGGAGGUCUCGAUCUUGCACACGGACGAUGGGACACCAACGACCAUUCCCUCUCACCAAACGCGAAAAGCGAAGGAAUCCCUUUGUUCAUGCCGUCAGACUUUUAUAACACAAUGGUCAAAGUACCCGAAGGAGAAGAGGCAAAUUACCCAAGGUUGCCUUGGCAUGAUUUGCAUUGCAUGAUUGAGGGACCAGCCGUUUUCGAUGUGGAUAGGAACUUUGUCGAGAGGUGGAACAGAAUCACACCCAUACCAGAACACCUGAGGCUGGGACACGUGCCAAGGGGAGUUGGAGGAAUGUCAAUACAAAUUGUGAGAUCGAUCUGCAAAGAUGCUGGAGGAAACUAUCAUGUGGAACGUGGGUGCUACGAAGCAGUGAUUCGAUUGAUUAACAGAGCCGAGGACUACGUUUACAUCGAGCAACAGUUCUUCAUUUCAAAUUAUGGUAACGACGCAAUUUGGAAUCUUGUUGUUUCAGCAUUGGCAGACAAGGUGAUUGAUGCGUUCAAACUACAGAAAAAGUUUCGAGUGAUGAUUGUGCUCCCUGCGUGGAGUGAAGGGGAACUGCAGUCAAUCGUUGUUAGGUCCAUAAUGCAACUCAUAAAAAAGACAAUCUUCAAAGGUAAACUCAGUCUCUUUGCAAGACUCACCAGCACAGGAAUUAAACAACCCUCAAAGUACGUCGGAAUUUUCAACCUUUACAGCAUGGGAAGAACCAAAACAACAGGACUCACUGUUUCCCAGAUAUACGUACAUUCAAAGUGUUUGAUUGUGGACGACAGAUACGUGUUCAUAUCUUCGGCAAACAUCAACGACAGGUCUCUAAUUGGUGAAAGAGACACGGAGAUAGGGGCUAUUGUUGUUGACUCGAACAAGAUCACAACAAAGAUGAAUGGAAAAUUCACCAAAGUAAAUAAAUUUGCGUUUGACUUGCGAACACGCUUGUGGGGCGAACACCUCGGGCUUUUGGAGUAUUCGUUCGGGAUGAUAGAAGACCCAGUGGAGACAAUUGAUUCACUGAUCAUACCAACGGCACGACAGAACACAAAAAUACUUGAGGAAAAUUUCGAGAACUAUCCGUCUAACGCGUUUACAAAAUUCAAGGACUGGAAAACACACCUCUACCCCAAGUUCAUUGGCAACGAAAAGGAGCUCGUCAAGUUCCGUGGACAUAUAGUGGAAAUGCCGCUCGAUUUUGGAUUAGAAGAGGGCUCCUCGAUGUCACUCGGAAACAUUAUGGUUGAGUAG